AUGAACCAUGGCAAGGAGGACGCCGAUGCGGCCACUCCUCCGGAUUCUGCCAAGGACUUUCCCAGUGAUCAAGAAGAGUCUGCCUCCCCUGCUGCCUCUGGAUAUUCGGACGAGCGACACAGCUCUGCCGACACCACCCCGCCGCCCCAAUUGGAAGGAUUCGCGUCGUCGGAUCGUGCGUUCUCGAAGCGGUUCGGAUCUGGAAGCGGAUUCGGUCGGUCAUAUCAAUCGGCAUCGUCCACCAAUCCCCUUGUGACAGGCAGCAUGCCGCACGGUACGGGAUUUCCAUCACACUUUCGUCAAACCAGCCAAGACCAGCGGCCACCAUCAUCUGGAAGAAACGCCACGGGGCAAGAAGAUCGCGACCUGGCCGCCGCGGUUGAGCUUCUCAGCUGCAGCUUCAACAGCAACAGUGGUCGGGCCGUACAACUUCCAGCCGACGCCCCUCCCGUGCCUCCGCUACCUGCGCAGUAUCUCGAUCAAGCCGCAUCCUUCUCGAGUGCAGGGUUCAGCGCCGGGUUUAGCGCCGGAUUCCUCAACAGCUUCCCCAGCAGACAGCCAGAGAGCUUCACACGGGGCGAGGUUCGCAACGCUGACGUCAAAAUGGAAGACAGCGAUAGCGUGAUGGACGACGACGACUUUGACCGUCGGUCUCGGUCUCGGAGCGACGAGGAUGACGACGGCGUCUUCGGACGGAUGGAAGAGUAG